AUGCUUCUUCAGCUGCUGUUAUGGGCGACCCUGCUCUGUCAAAUCUGCGAUGGAAAGGCCUUCCCUCAACGACACAAGAGGACGGUUUGGAGACCUAAUAUGCGACAAAUUGAGCCGGUCAAAGACCCUUCUCCGUCGUUUUCUCUUCUAGCUCCAGCAAAAAUAAGGCCUGGAACAAAACAGAACAUCCUGGUGGAGGGACACAACCUGGCACAGGUGGUAGAAGUCACUGUUGUGGUUUACGACUAUCCAAACUCCCAAACUGCCUUGUCGCGGGGCUCGGUUUUCCUCAGUUCAGACAACAACUACAGCGCCCUGCAAACCCUAGAGAUCAACCCAAAUUUGCUACUUCCAGAUGGAAAAAAGAAGUAUGUGAAGCUCGUUGCUCAGUUCGGCAACAUCUAUCGUGCAGAAAAAGUAAUAGCGGUGUCGUUCCGCUCCGGACACAUCUUUAUUCAGACCGACAAACCUAUUUACAACCCUGGAGACAAAGUGCGUUUCAGGGCUUUUGUGUCUGAUUUGGAGUUUCGUUCUUCUGAGAGAACCAUAUCUCUGGAGAUUCAGAAUCCAGAUGGAAUUGCGGUGCAUGGUAUUGGGAGAGUUAAAGCAAUCGAUGGGGUCUUUUCUGACAUCUUCUCACUGUCUACUGUAGUCAAGUAUGCAUUCAGAAUAGUUCAGUUGUGUUUGCUUCCAGCAUUCAACGUCACACUUACUCCUAAAACAUCCCACCUUAGUCUGGAUGCAGAGAAGUUGGAAGUUGAAAUAACAGCCAGGUAUCUUUAUGGCGCGCAAGUGAAGGGUGUUGCGUAUGUGCUGUUUGGUAUUGAAAUUAAUGGUGAAAAGAAGAGACUCACAUCCAUGAAGCAAAUUGAUGAUGUACUAAAUGGAGGAAGUGUUAGUUUGACUAUGGAGGAGAUAAAGAGAGCUUAUCCUGACAUAAACAGCCUCUUGGGGUCUACGGUGUAUGUUAAAGCAUCAGUAUUGACUAGUUCAGGUAGCGAUCUUGUGGAAGCAGAGAAAUCCGGCAUUAAAAUCGUAAAUUCACCCUACAUGCUUACCAUCAAGGACACACCAAAAUAUUAUAAACCUGGUCUGCCGUUAGCCAUGACGGUUAUCGUGAGUAACCAUGAUGGAUCUCCAACUCAUAAUAUUCCUGUUAAAGUCACCUUUCUUGAAAGUCCAAUCAGUGUCCACAGUGGCACCAUCAACAUUCACAUCAACAUGCCGAAAACGCACAUACUGUAUGGCAAUUCCCAGAUAUUGAAAGUGGAGACAGUGGAUCCGUCACUGAAACCAGAACAGCAGGCCAUUCAAGAGGUAUACGUCAAGCCAUAUUCUACUUUUAGCGGUCACGAUAACUACUUGCACGUCUCAGUGGGAGCAAGUCGAGUGGUGGUCGGUGGCAGUAUCAGCAUCCAAGUGUACAUCAAAUCCUCUUUACCAAACCACAGAGCACUCGUGGAGCAUCUCACAUACAUUGUGUUAAAUAAGGGGAAAAUAAUUCAGGCUGGUAGAGUGAAUGUCAAAGGCCAGGACGUAACAAGCGUUCAUCUGCUCAUUACCUCAGAAAUGCUACCUGCAUUUCGGUUUGUGGCGUAUUACGUUUUGCCAUGGCAGCAUAGGGCUGAAGUGGUGGCAGACUCAGUGUUUGUUGAUGUGGAGGACCGGUGUGUAGGUUCGCUUAAUGUUGGACCAGUGGAUGGAGAAAUUGUCAGUUCUUACUCACCAGGCAGCAGCUUUAAAUUUCAAGUGAAAGGUGAUGUUGGAGCAAAGGUCAGCCUGGUAGCUGUGGAUAAUGCCAUCUUCUUGUUGAGUAAAAACCGCUUGACGCAGAAAAAGGUGUGGGAAGUGGUGGAUCAGGCUGAUAUGGGCUGCACCGCAGGAGGAGGCAAGGAUAAUAUGGGUGUUUUCAGUGAUGCAGGACUGAUGUUUCACUCCAGCACAGGAGGUUCAACUGACUCCAAAGAAGACUGCUCCAGUAAAACUAAACGACGAAGACGUUCUGCAGCCAAACUGCAGCUCAGAGAUCAGCUCGAGAAGGCCUAUUCAGAUGAGCUCCUGCAGAGGUGUUGUGUAGAUGGCAUGAAGGAGAUUCCCAUGCCGUAUUCAUGCUACCGUCGCUCUCUCUACAUCACCGAGGACUGGAGCUUUUUUUUUGUGAGGGAUAGAAUACUACAAUCCAUGCCAAAGCUGCAUGCCGAAGCUAAUGUCAUCGGAGUUCGUCAGGACAGUUAUCGGGAAGUCAUUGUAGAAGAAGAGGAAGAAGAGGGGGCUUCAGUGUUUGAGGAAGAUGAUUUGGCUGAUCUUGAGGAUAUUUAUGUGCGCAGCAAGUUUUUUGAGUCGUGGUUGUGGACCGAUAUCAGACUGCCUAGCACUGCCAAGUCUGAUGGGUUGGCUGUGCUUCCAGUGGACACCGUUCUUCCAGACAGUAUCACACAGUGGGGGUUUCUAGCUGUCAGUGCCUCACCUGAGAAAGGUGUCUGUGUAGCUGAACCAUAUAACGUCCGCGUGUGGAAGCCGUUCUUUAUCGACCUGCGUUUGCCUCACUCAGUGUCCAGAAAUGAACAAGUGGAAAUCAAAGCUGUGAUCCACAACUACAAGAACUCAACACUGGAGGUUCGUUCCACACCAUCAGUAGUGAUGGUGAUCCUGGAGAAGACAGAGGACAUGUGUAGUGUGGCCUAUACGGGACAGCACAGACAGCAGGUUACAGUUGCAGCCGGUUCCUCUAAACUCAUUACAUACACCAUCAUCCCUCUGAAAACAGGGGAGCUCCCUUUACAGGUCACUGCUGUCGCUGCCUCGUUCAUGGGUCAAGAUGCAGUGAAGAAGAAUCUACGUGUAGUAGUUGAAGGCAUUCAGACACUUAAAGUGAGGAGCUUUGUGUUGAACCCAUCAGAGAAAGGAGGCAGUGCUGGGCAACAGUUGAUUCAAGUCAAGAAGAUGCAGUUGGAUGCUGUUGUGCCAAAAUCUAUACCAGAGACAUUCGUCAAUGUCAGAGGUGAUUUGCUGGCAGACAGUAUUGAUAACUCCAUUAAGGAGGACUCGUUGGCAGCAUUGAUCCGGAUGCCUGGAGGCUGUGUGGAGCAGAACCUGGCCAGAAUCACUCUGCCCCUCAUCGCAGCUCAUUACCUGGACCGCAGUGCAGACUGGGAGAUCGUGGGAAUUAGUCGCAGAGAAGAGGCCAUCAAAUACAUACAGAGAGGUUAUGAAAAUCAACUUAACUACAAAAAAUCAGACGACUCGUACCCUCCCUACGCCAAUGAAGGCACCAGCACAUGGAUCACUGCGUAUGUGGUGAAGGUUUUCUCCAUGGUGCAUUCAUUCAUUAACGUCAAUGAGAAGCAUCUGUGUGGCCCUCUGCUCUAUUUACUCAAGAAUAAACAGGGUUAUGAUGGAACUUUUCAAGAGAACAAUCCUGUUUAUGACACCAGUAUGACGGGAGCUAUGCGGGGAUCUGAAUACAAAGCAUCUUUGACUGCAUUUGUGCUCAUUGCUUUAGCAGAGGCACAAGAUAAAGUUACUUGCCAAGAUCAAGAAGUCAACAUACGGGAUAAGUCUAGACAGGCAGCAGGGUAUCUGACAGAGCAUUUCUCCCGGCUGACCAGGCCAUAUACAGCAGCUAUAGCAUGCUAUGCGCUAGCCGUAUCGAACAACGCCUGCGUGAAGAGCAUGUUGCUCAAAUUUGCCUCACCUGAUCAUUCCCACUGGCCUGAUUCAAACAAUUAUUUUUUCACACUGGAAGCUACAGGCUACGCACUGCUAGCGCUGAUCAAAAGUGGCCACAUGGAAGAGGCAGAAGCUCCAUUUCGAUGGCUGAAUGAGCACCGUGGCAUUGGUGGAGGAUACGGCUCUACUCAGUCCACCAUGGUGGUUCUUCAGGCCCUGUCUGAGUAUCUAGUGAAGAGGCCUCCUCCGUCAGACCUCAAUUUGUUGGUUCAGCUCAGCGUUCCUGGUCGGAGUGAUGUUCGCUGGACCUUCAAUCCCAACUUGGCUUAUGUGGCCCGUUCUUCACGAGUCCCUCUUGAUCAGGAAUUCUCAGUGGCGGCUUCUGGGAACGGCAAGGGUGUUUUGGAGGUAGUGACGGUUUACCAUCAGCUUCCUGAUGUGUAUGAGAACAGCACAUGCAACGGCUUUCAGCUGGACGUCUCUAUCGCUGAGACUAAUGAAAAAACCUCAUCGGAUGUAGAAAAGUCCUUCAGACUCAAUGUCAAUGUGAGGGCUCUGGAAGAACGGCAAGUGAGGAUGGUUAUUCUGGACAUCGGCCUGCCUACAGGCUUUGAACCUGAAAACUCUGAUUUAGAGUUGCUUACAAAUUCAGUGGAUCGCUACAUCAACAACUUCCAAGUGGUGGACAACCUGAGCGACAGAGGAUCCCUCAUAAUUCACCUGUUCAAGGUGUCCAACAAAGAGGCAGAAAUCAUCUCAUUCAGACUCAAUCAGAGGUUUAAAGUGGGGCUCCUUCAGCCUUCCACAGUCAAAGUUUACCAGUACUACAACAAAGAUAAAAGCUGUAGCAGGUUCUACUCUCCUCCUGAAGACAAACAGCAGCUGGAUCAGAUCUGUGAAGGCGACGUGUGCCGCUGCUCGCAGGGUGACUGUUGUGUAAUGAAGGAAGACUUCGCAUUUUUUGGUAAAGAGCAGAGGAAUGCCGCUGUAUGCAACGGAUUACAUCAUGCCUACAGAGUCAAGCUGAUCAGCAUCAGCCAGAGUCACUAUUACCAGUAUGAGAUGGAGAUUGUGCAGGUUAUUAAAGAAGGGACGGAGGAAGGUCUGAAUGAGAAGGAGAGGAGGAUGUUCCUCUCUCAUGCAAGCUGCAGGACCAGACUUAAUUUGAAAGAGGGUCAGGAGUAUCUGGUCAUUGGGCCGAUCACUGAUGUUUGGAAUGCAGGGAGCACAGUGUCCAACAAGUAUGUGUAUACGCUUGGGAAAGAGACGUGGGUUGAGCGCUGGCCAGAUGAGUCUGAAUGUGGAUCAACACUGCAGAAGAAAUGUGACGAGCUGAAGAGCUUUGCAAAGAAACUGAUUGAAGACGGCUGUCAGGCUUGA